ACUUUUAUUUUUCACUAAAAUGAGCGACAAGUUGUCAACUUGUUUGUAUACUUUGACUCAGCACGAUAAGGCAGUGUCUUGCGUGAAGUUUUCGUACAAUGGAAAUCUUUUGGCUUCUUGUUCAGCUGAUAAAGCUGUAAAGUUAUGGGACGUUCCAACCGGAAAACUUGUUCACUCAUUUCAAGGUCACAACCUAGGAAUCUCUGAUGCUUCUUGGUCGCGCGACUCGAGAUACGUGGCAACAGCAAGUGACGACAAAACAGUCGCAGUUUGGGAUAUUCACAACUCCGAGCAGGUAGCGAAAUGGAGCGGACACAAGAACUCUGUAUUUUGUGUUAAUUUUAACCCUCUCUGUAAUCUUCUUGCUUCAGGAUCCACAGAUGAGACCAUCCGAGUGUGGGAUGUAAGAACGGGGCGUACUCUCAAGGUUAUACCAGCACAUUCUAACGUAGUAACUGCCGUGGACUUUAGUAAAGAUGGUACUUUGAUUGUUUCGAGUAGCUACGAUGGAAGUUGUCGAUUUUGGGAUACUGCAAGUGGAAUGUGUUUGAAGACACUUGUUGUUGACUCUCAUUCUGCCACUUCUCACGUACGGUUUUCUCCUAAUAGCCGUUAUAUUUUGGCAUCAACUUUGGACAGUAAAAUCAGGUUAUGGGACUUUUAUUCGAGUCGAAUUUGCAAGACUUAUGCUGGUCAUGUUAACCGACUUCAUGCAAUCUAUUCAUGUUUUGUCGUUAUGGACCAGUCCCAUAGUUAUGUUAUAAGUGGUUCCGAAGAUGGGUAUAUUUAUGUUUGGGAUUUGCAAAGUAGACAAAUUAUACAAAAAUUACAAGGACAUAUGGGCACAGUGAUAUGUGUGUCUGCACAUCCCAGAGAGCCUCUAUUAGCUUCGAGUGCAUUGGAUGCAGAUUGUUCCAUCAAAGUUUGGAAGUUAAUCGAUUAAUGAGAAUGGCUUGCUAGAAGGAUACAAGGUGAACUAAAGA